AUGCGAAACCAUGGAGAUAAGAAAUCAUUUUCAUGUUCCUUAUGUGGGAAAGUCUUUGCACACAAGUCAUUGUUGAAAUGUCAUGAAAAGGCACACAAUGUCGCAGCAGCAACUGCAGUGGGAGGAAAUGUGACCCCUGGCGGCAUCAGUGAUGUUAGCAAUAGAGAGAUUGUACCACAAAAUGGACCAGAUCUAGGUGCAGGAGGAUCUAGUGGGUUGUCCCUCACACAGAAAGACACAUACAGCUACCCAAAUAGUGGUGUUGCACCUCCACAUCCGUCUCAUCACCUUCUUCACAAUCAUGAUGGUGGAAUCACCAGCAGCAGCAGCAGUAGUAGCAGCUCUCACCAGACUCAUCCACAUCAACAUACCCACAACCAAAGCAAUGGUCACCCCCACUCUCACCAAAAUACAUUCACUCCACCAGGUACUCCAGACCCUUACAACUCAAGGAUCCAUCUCCCUCCUCCUCCAGCUGAGCAUGUUGAAAUCCAGACUGAGCCGCAUAUCAGCUCAAAUGGCUCAGUUUUUGUCUAA